GUAGAGUAGUUAGUGAGAUUGGGGAGUCAUGCUUAAUUAGGAUUUAUGUUUAGUUUUACGAUUUGAUUUGUCGAAGGAGUCUUCUCCAUUUAUUUGGUUGAUCUCAACACUUUUAGAUUGAUUUUCUGGAUGUGAAUUUAUGCUUAUUAAGGGUUUUUAUGUUUAGUUUUGAGGUUCUAUUGAAUUUUCUGCAUUUUCUGCUGGAUGUUUAGGAAAUUGGGGAAGUUAUUUGAUUUUCAUCGAAUAGAAUAGUUACUGAGAUUGGAGGGUCAUGCUUAUUCAGGAUUUAUACUUAGUUUCACGAUUUGAUUUGUCGAAGGAGUCUCACAAGUCUUUAUUUGUUUGGUUGAUAUACAUAAAUUUAGAUGUUUGAUUUCUGCAUUCUCUGUGUGAUGCUAAUGGAAUAGGGGAAGGUACUGAAAUGGUUAUUGAAUAGAAUAGUUGGUGAAAUUGGUGUAUUUUGCUUAAUCAGGAUUUAUAUUCACUUUGCAAAAUUUCCUGAAGGAAUGUCGCAUGUCUUCAUUUGCUUUAUUGAUCUCAUUUGUCAAAUAUGCUUAUGGUUUAGGUUGAAAACACAAUUUCUCGGCAGUGAAAUGUUUUUAGAAACUAGAUGUCCGUUUAUUUGGUGAAAUGUUACUUGUCUCUCUAUAUGUAUACCUAUCAUUUCUGGAGCUGGUUGCUUCUAAUCAUCAUAUACAUAUGUAGUUACAAUGAACUGAACAUUUCAGUCUUAAUGGUUACUCAACCGAAUCGCGACAUUAAUCAAUUGUGGCUAAGUUGUGUUUCCGAGACAUGCGGCUUUUCAUUGUAGCCUUGCUAUUCCUUCUUCUUUUUGUAAAUUUGGUAGCUGCUUAUAUAUCUGUAUGGAAUGCAGGAAAAGAGAAAAGAUGUUGUGAUAAAGGUGAUUGCUGCUGUGACUGUUGGGAAAGAUGUUUCUUCACUCUUCACAGAUGUUGUUAAUUGCAUGCCAACAGAGAAUUUGGAGUUAAAGAAGCUUGUAUACUUGUACCUUAUCAGUUUUGCUAAAAGCCAACCUGAUCUUGCUAUACUUGCCGUAAAUACAUUUGUGAAGAUGAAGGUUUCUCUAAGGAAUGCAGGAAAUGACAACUUCAUCAUUCUGAAGGUGGGGGACGGACAAUGUUCUCUUGAUUUCAGGGGUUUAAUGGCUACAGUCUUGAUGUACAACAAGCGGAGGCUUCCAGUAAGCAGUGGCAAUCACGAGUAUAAAAAACUUGACAAGGGGUUAAGCACCACCAUCCAUGCCAGUCACUCCUUCCCGCUCUUCUAAAAGCAUUUCCCCGAAUGUUUUCUUUUUCGUAAACCUCUUUUUCUUCCACUUGGUAAGUAGAUAAUUGAAAUGACUUAAUUGCACAGUAGUCGUGGUCGCGUUACGGUUCAAAUUGUGACAUCUCGGGUUGUCCCCUUGGGCUUUCAUUCUGUCCAUCUUUGGAAAGAGGGAGGUCACAUUUGUGGCUAUGGCAUGAUGAGAAACACCCUUUAGCUUGGAUUUCUUUUUGCCUUUUUCCUUCUAACUCAAGAUGCUUGCUUUUAUGGGUCUAGAGAUCCAAAACAUUGUUAUAAAGAAUGUAAGAACAUUUAAUAUGGGCCUAUGCUCUUGGGCUUGUGGAUAGCUAGAUAUGA